UUUCGACCCUCUCCGACUGACUUAGUGGAGGUUGCAUAAUGUUGCCAGCAGCUGUUGUUCGCUUUACACAGGUGUAAGUGACAGUUUACUCUGUGUUCUGAGCUGCAGCACUAGCCAUGGGGAUUGAGAUAUUACUUCUAUUGGUGCUGUCGGCGUUUUCUGUCUAUUUUCUGUUCGUACAGAGAAAGCACCCUAACUACCCUCCUUGUAUCAGAGGCUGGAUCCCCUGGUUUGGAGCAGCGUUCCAGUUCGGUAAAGCCCCAUUGGAUUUUCUGGCGCAAGCCAGAGCAAAGUAUGGGCCAGUGUUCACUAUUGCCGCUGCUGGGAAGCGACUUACUUUUGUAACUCUGCAUGAAGAUUUUAAUACCUUUUUCAUGUCGAAAGAUGUGGAUUUCCAGCAGGCGGUUCAAGACCCUGUCCAGCGCACAGCCUCUAUAAGUAAAGAGAGCUUCUUCAAGAAUCACCCAGCUUGCCAUGCUUUGAUUAAGGGGAGGUUAACUCGGUCCAACCUGCACGAGGUUUCCAGUGACCUGUGUGCUGAGUUUAAUGAACACCUGGAGCUGCUGACAGACGAGGGGGCUGGCGACCUCUCUGACCUUGUCAGGCAUGUCAUGUACCCUGCAGUAAUGAGCAACCUGUUGGGUAAAUGCAACUCUCCAGCAAGCAAGGCCGCAGUGCAAGAGUUUACAGAACAAUUCCAGACGUACGAUGAAGGUUUUGAAUAUGGGUCACAAUUGCCAGAGUUGUUUUUACGAAAGUGGGCCAAAGCAAAGCAGUGGCUUCUCUCCCUCAUGAAAAGCAUGGUUCUCAAAGCUAAGAGAAACACGUCUCCUGAUACGAACUCCAAGACAUUGCUGCAGCAUUUCUUAACCAUAUUAACUGACAGCUUUAGCCCUAAUUAUUCCCUACUGAUGAUGUGGGCAUCACUAGCCAAUGCCAUUCCUAUUACUUUCUGGACCCUUGGUUUUAUUAUCUCCCAACCAUCUGUAUACAGGACAGUUAUGGAGGAGAUAGCAUCAUCCUUUGGAGAUAAAGACAAAACAAAGAGUAUUUUAUCAGAGAGUGAGCUGCAGCAGCUUCCUUACAUACAGUGGUGUGUCCUGGAAGCAAUCCGCCUUCGUUCACCAGGAACUAUAACCAGGAAGGUGGUCCGACCCAUCAAAAUCCAAAAUUACAUCAUCCCACCAGGAGACAUGCUGAUGUUGUCACCAUUUUGGGCUCACAGAGAUCCCAGAUAUUUUCCAGAACCUGAAAAAUUCAUGCCUGAACGCUGGAAGAAGGCCAAUUUAGAAAAGAAUGUAUUUUUGGAAGGCUUUGUGGCCUUCGGAGGAGGUCGAUACCAGUGCCCAGGAAGGUGGUAUGCACUAAUGGAGAUCCAAAUGUUCAUUGGUUUGAUUCUUUAUAAAUAUGAACUCACUUUGCUGGAUUCACUGCCAAAACCGAGCUCUCGCCAUUUAGUGGGAACUCAGCAGCCAGACGGACCUUGCAGGGUACAGUACAAUCACAGAUAGAGUCCCAGUUUCAGCAAAGGGGCCUGUGCCCUGGAUAUAAAGGGACCUCUUUCAACACCACAUCGCUGUACAUUGGAAUUGGAAAUACCAGCUUAUGUGGACCUUUUACAAAAGAACAUUAGGUGUUCAUUUUAAUUUUAAUAACCUACAAGUAAGUAACGCAUUCAGUUUGAACCAUGAACAUGCAUAGGGAUUGGAUUUAUUAAUGUAGUUCUAACUGCUGUACUAGAAUUUGUAUAUUGCUUCAGAAUAAUUAUCUGUAAAAUACAAUAAAACCUGCAUUGAUGGCCCGCUGAAAUUAGCAGUCAUCUUAUCAACCAGUAAACUUCACAACAGAU